GCAAGCUUUCUUCGUCUCGAGUAUUCCUCUUUCUUCUCAUCAGCAGCACAUCAUUCGUUCUUUACCAAAGCCCACUACUGUCAUUCCUUACCAUAACCCACAAGAACAUACCAAAGUCUAUUCUCUCCCUUUCAAUCUCCUUUAUCAAAUACCAUCAAGCACAAUGAAGGCCUCCUUUAUCACUCUUCUCGCUGCUCUGGCCACCUCGGCCCUCGCCGCCCCUACCGGUGGUGUUCCUGGAGUCUCUGAGGUCACCAAGACUGUGAACAUUGGUUCCGUCUCCAGCAACGUGAUUUCCACCCCCAGUGCCAGUGCUAGUGCUGGGGCUACCGGCCACAUUGUUCAGGACGCUGGCAAUGGUGUCAACCAGGUCCUGACUGUUACUGGCGCCGACGCCAAGAAGCUCCUCGUCCAACUCAGCCCCGAGGUUGCUAAUCUCCUGUCCGGCCUGGGUCUGCCUGGCCUUGGAUCCUCUGUGGGUUCCAUUAUCAAGACCGCUGGGUCCGUUGGCGACCUUCUCAAGGAUGUCGGCAAAGUCGUCGACGGCCUUCUCACUGUUGUCGAUAAGGACGGCAGGGCUCUUCUGAUCCAGCUCGACCCCGUGGUGACUGGUCUUCUCAGCGGUCUUGGACUCCCGGAGCUUGGUGUCCCCGUCGGCUCCAUUGUCGGCACUCUUGGCGAGAAUCUCAAGCGCUCGGCCGAUGGAGAGAUCGUUCAGGACCUUGCUCCCAAGGUUAAGGAUGUCCUCGAAGUUACCGGCUCCGACUCCAAGCGCCUGCUCGUCCAACUCAGCCCCUCCGUCGCCUCCCUCCUCUCCAGCCUUGACCUCCCCACCGUUGGAACCUCCGUUGGACAGAUCAUCAAGACCGCCGGCAGCGUUGGCGACCUUCUCAAGGACAUCUCUACUCCCGUUGAGCAGCUUCUGACCGUCAUCGGCCAGGAUGGCUCUUACCUCCUCAUUCAGCUGUCUCCUAACGUCGCCUCUCUUCUCACUGGCCUUGGCCUCCCCUCCCUUGGCACUUCUGUUGGCAGCGUUGUUGCGACUCUCGGUCAGAACCUGUAAAUUGUGA